AUGAAUGCAGUCAAGAAGAAAAUUACCUCCAAUCAAAAGGGAAGUGGAUCUCCCAGAAGCAACUACAACAAUGAUGGUGGUAGUAGUGGCGGCAGAUUCAGCGAAGGUCGUACAUCGACUUCAAAUGCGGCUAGUGGUACCUUGGAUGACGAUAACUUGGAUGGAUUGUCUCCUGAAUUGGUACCAAUUGUAACUUUAUUGUCAUCUCAGUCUCAUAGACGCUACAACGAAGGUAUAUUUAUGUUGUAUUACGAUUUGAAUGGGGACGGGAAACCUGCUGAUAGAGAAUGGCGUGAAGUUUAUGGAAUCUUGACAGGAAAUCAGUUGGCUUAUUGGGAUGCUGCCAUUUUGGCCCAAUUCAAAAACAAUGCCGAUGCUUUAUUGGAAGUUUCUGCUAAACCAAGUUAUAUCAAUUUUACUGAUGCAGUAUACAGUGCAAUGAAGACUUUACCAGCAGCAAAACAAAACUUGGAUAACGUUGUUGUUGUUUCAACAACUUUGAAAAAUAGAUAUAUUUUGCAGUUCAAAUCAGUCAAGGAUUUGGAAACAUGGUACUGUGCCCUUCGAUUGUCAAGUUAUGAAUACAAUUCUCUUCAAGCAGCUUACACUGGAGCCUUGUUAUCAGCAAGAGGCUCACGGUUAUCUGAUAUUCGCACAAUCUUGGCGGAAAAGAGAUUUGAUCAUGAAGAUUGGAUAAGUAUUAGAUAUGGAAGUGGUAUGGCUUGGAAACGUUGCUAUGCCGUUGUUGAACCAUCCACAUUGAAAAGAAAGACAUUUGUUCCAGGAAGAAUACUACUUUACGAAAAUGAACAGAAAAAGAAGAAACAAUUGAUGGCGGUUGUAACCGAUGCGUCCUCUGUCACAGCGAUAUACCCCCAAUCGCAUCUUUUGAUUGACCACUCAACAAUGAUUAAAAUGGAAGGAUACAUCAAUUUCUCUUCUCCAAGCUUAUCAACAAAAGUGUCGAAAAAGAAUUUGGAUGAUUUCAAACAAACAUCAAUCUUCUUAAUGCCAGAGCAACAUUCAGCUGUUCCUGGAUUUGAUACCUUGAUUAGAUUUUUGGUGCCAUUAUUUGAUACAUUUGGUUUAUAUGGAAGGCCUAAAAGAUUGAAAGCAAAUCGGAGUGACGUUGAUUCAUUAUUGUUUGGAUUACCUACACUUCCAAGGGUUCAUUAUUUGGAACUCUCGGAUAUACAACAAUUGGUUUCGAGAGGUAACUACAUUAGUUGGGAUUUGAGGACGUGGAAUUUGGAGAUUCAAAAUUUGCUAAAGUCAAAAAUCGAAAGAGGAUACGAUGGAUGUGGAAGUCAACGAGGAUAUGCAGGUGCUGUCAAUUCUCUCAAUAGUCCAGCUUUGUCUAGCUCACCUCGUCUUCCAAGUGGUGGAAGUGCACUGGCAACCCGGAGAAAAGACCCAUCUCAUUUGUCUCGACAAACGACACCACAAUCGGGAAAUAUUGCCCCACAGUCCGCAACCUCAGCUUUACAAACACAGAAACCGCCGCCACCACCUCCACACUCUGAUAUAACACCGGGAGGUAAACCUUUUGACAAGAAUAUAAAGAAUCUUGAAGUCGCAGUACCAGCAAUUUCCAAAAGUGUUGACUCUUUGAGUAGUCAGGGACUCAACUCUAAACAAGGUGCACAACUUGCUCCAGGAGGUGUGUCGAACCCCCAUGCUUCAGUUCAGUUGGCAGAGAUAUACCAAAAGUAUUCUGACUUGAAAACACCAUCGGAUAACUAUAUUGAUCGCAGAGAGAUACUCAAUGGCUCGCCAGAACAACUUAUUGAAGACGAUUUGCCGUUGGGAAUAAAGCAAAUGAAUCUUCAGAGUAAUACCUACCCCAAGGAUGAUAAUGGAUUGUUUAGUGAUGAGGAAGACGAGGAGAGCCUGCACGAAACAGGCAGCGGUGAACUGCCACAAUUGCUUGAUGUGAGAACUAUGGGACAAAAUCCAAGCGACUCAAGUGUGUCUGUGGGCAGUUUAAGGGUACCCAACCAUGAACAAAAUGGUAGUUAUUCUUCAGUGGUGUCGCCCAUGGCUCAGUUCAAUGAUCUACAUGAUCAAUACAACAAAGUUGGAAAAAGUGUCCCCUUUUAUGGACUUCAAACAGACGCAUCUCCGAAGAAAAGUGCUGAUCGAGAUGCUAACGCCAAGGAGCAGUUUGGUGCCAAGUUGGACAAUAAGGAAAGACACUUUGAUAUGAGUUCUCCACAGCAAUACCAAUCGUUCUCGCAGCCACCACCACUGGGACAAAAACCCAAUCCUGCCAGUGUUCCUUACCCAACAAACAAGCCCAGGCACAUAGUUUCCCCCAAUUCUUCACAAAAUGAACUCAGCAGACCAUUACAAUAUGAAACGACAAAUGGAACUGCAUCGCCAACUAAAAAGGUCUUGCAAUAUCCCGUCUCACCGCAAAGAAAAGCACCUCCAAACGAGCCUUUGUUAAAUGGUGACCAAUCAAAACCUAAAUCAAACAUACCAAAGUCACAGAAACAGGUCUUCACACCGCUUGGUGGAAAUCCUGGUCAAGAUCGACAUCAAAAUCCAGCAAUGUACUCUAGCGCAGAACCCUCAUCACAUUCGUUUGGGUUUGAUCGGUUGAGACAGGAAAAUGAUCCUAGGGUUGGCCCCAAACCAAUGAAUCAGCCUAGCCAGCAAACUUUGCCACAGUUUCAAGUCAGUCAGCCUAAUCAACACGUGCAACCCCAACCUAUGGUAAGACAGCAAGUACAGACUAUGGCAAGACCACCACAAUCUUCAAUGAAACCUCCUAUGCAAUAUGGUGGCAAUCAGUCGAGGACUUCCCCAGUACAUAAGGGACAUCUGCAUCAGUAUGCCAACACUGUGGCGCAUGCAGCAGGCCCACAACAAAGGAAUCGGGACGUGGGCAUUUCGACCCAUCAACCAAUUGGAAUCCGGGCUCAUGCAGGGGCACAACCACAACCACAACCACAACCACAACCACAACCACAGCGACAACAACCACAGCAACCACAACCACAGCGACAACAACCACAGCAACGACAACAACAGCAACAACAACCACAGCAACGACAACAACAGCAACAACAACAACAACAACCCCACCAGCCUCAAGCAUAUCAGUCCUCGCCAUACGGACAGCCCAGUAAUUUCAGGAGCUAUGACAAUCAGCAAUACCAAUACACCCCGAAUGUUCAAACACCAGGUGCUCAUGCAAAUCGGGAUCACCCACUGAGUAGUAGUUCUCAAUCCUCAAAGCACCCAUAUGCACAGUACUCGCGGUCGUACAAUUACGAUCGAACUACAUAG